AUGACAUCUUUCACACUCUUUAAACCGAAUGGCAUCGAGGCAAAGUUCCUUUAUAUGCGGUCCCAGAUAGAAGCUGAGGCGUUGGUGGCGGCAAUGUUUACAUUCUCGGCAAGAUUCCACUCUGCUUGCAAAGACCCAAACAGGGUCCCAACGUGUCCACCACCUUCCUACUUUGCAGAUAUCGCCUCGAAACAACUAAGAAGUGCCUUGGACUCGUACGAGGAUACGACCCCGCCUUUAUAUCUUCUACAGGCCUCAGUCCUUGAUGCGUUCUAUCACAUCACGAGGAAUGUGCGAUCCAAGUCUUGGACCGUUCUAGGAAAGGCUAUCAGACUAGCAUACGACAUGAAACUCCACUUGGUUGACGUGCAUUCUGGUCCAGAUUCGAAUAUGGGCAACAUCGCCACAGAUGUCGCACGCUGGUCAAUGCUAGAGGAACGACGCAGGGCCUGGUGGGCGCUAUGGGAAAUGGACGUAUUUGCCAGCGCUAUACGACGUCUACCUAUGGCCAUUGACGGCAUGCAAAACUUCACUUUUCUGCCCGUACCGGAUCAAAACUGGUUGGAGUGUGACUAUCAAGCUAGCUGCUUCUUGUCCCAUGAUCCCAGUCAGCGAUGGAAACUUUUGUCCAAGACGGGUAACACGAGCCCCAAGGCCUGGUUCAUCGUCAUAAAUUCGCUCGUACAGAACGCACGGCUUCUGGUUUAUAAUCCGUCGCCAACUACCAACGACGCAAACGCGUCCAAAGAGGAGAAUCUAACCCUCAUUGCCAAUGCACUUUAUUGUGCAACCACAUCAAUGCCCACAAAGUUAGUCUACGAGGGGCAAUACCUGGACUUUAAAACUAAAGGGUCACCACAAGACAUCAAUUGCCGCCAGUAUCAUUCCGACAUUUACUCUAUUCAUAUCAUGACACAGUUUGUGCACUUCAUGAUUGACCAUCAUCUUUUCUGGUCUCAGGACAACAAGUCUCACUCCGACGAUGACUCUUCUAAAUCGAGCGACUUCUCUUCGUGGUUCAAGUACAUGAAAGUUCCUGAAAAAAUGGUGGCCAUUAUACGAAACAGCUCACAUGAACAUGUCAAAUACGUGAAUCCUUGUCUAACCAACGCCCUGUGGUUCGCGGCCGCUGCCCAAACUGCGUGCCGGAUUAUAGGUCCUCCUUCUCGAGACAAGAUGCUAGCACCCUCCAACUACGACCUUCUAGAACUGACCAUUGAGCGUGGUCUUUCAUUUUGGGGCAGCGCCGAUGUGCUCAAACCGAGGUUGGCGAGAAUAGAGGCGGGUUUCAGAAGUUUGACGGACAGGGGAAGCAGGACCCAGUUUACGGAAAAUCUAGCUUCUGAAGACAACAACGCAAGAACUGGCGGUUCAAGUACUGCUGGAGUCAAACAGCCAACGACUCAGUCAUGUCUAGACAUUCUCUCUGUUGAUCACCAGGUUCCUCUGUCUGAGACCAGAGCCGCCACGAUGGAAACUGAUCUGACGUCAUUCAAUGGCAUGCUUCACGAGAGUGAUGACCCAGCGGCGCUGCAGCUUAUCUUUGAUGGACUGGAGAACUUCUUGCCCUAUGGUAUGGACGAAACUUUCUGGCCCUCGGAGAGAUUUUAUUCACGAAAAUUCUGA